ACUAUGCUUCUUAUAUAGGAAAAGUGUAAACACUAUACAAGUUUUUAAGUUUUGAGAGAGAGGAGUUGUGUUUUUACUAUAAGUCCAUUAUAAUGGCUCUCUCUUGGAAAUAUUUUGCCUUCAAUUUAGUCCUUCUCCUAUGGCUUACAACCCAAACGAUGGUUUGGGUCUCGGUUUCGGCGUCGGCGUCGGCAUGGGGCGUUGGUUUGAGGCCGGAGGUGAUGGCCGAGCAGAAGGCGGACCUUGUCGUCGGACUACCGGGGCAACCAGCUGUUAGCUUUAAGCAUUAUGCUGGUUAUGUGAAUGUUAAUGGUAGUCAUGGCAGAGCACUGUUUUAUUGGUUCUUUGAAGCUGUUGAUAAUCCUCAUAAUAAACCUGUGCUUCUAUGGCUUAAUGGAGGUCCUGGAUGCUCUUCAGUUGGUUAUGGUGAAGCAGAAGAAUUAGGCCCCUUCUUCCCUAAGAAAGGAAGCAAACCAUCUUUAAAACUCAACAAAUUUGCGUGGAAUAGAGCUGCCAAUCUGUUAUUUUUGGAGUCUCCAAUUGGUGUUGGAUUUUCUUACACCAAUACUAGCAGUGAUAUCAAUGAGCUUGGUGACACUUUUACAGCAAAGGACUCUUAUACUUUCCUUGUCAACUGGUUUACAAGAUUUCCACAAUUUAAGUCCAAUGAAUUUUACAUUGCUGGAGAAAGUUAUGCAGGACACUAUGUUCCACAGCUUGCAGAGGUCAUCUUUGACAGUAACAAAAAGGCUUGCAAGGAAAACUUCAUCAAUUUCAAAGGUUUUAUGAUUGGAAAUGCACUGUUGGAUGAUGAAACAGAUCAGACAGGAAUGAUCGAUUAUGCGUGGGAUCAUGCUGUUAUAUCAGAUAAAGUUUACAGAGAUGUGAAGAGAAAAUGCAACUUCAAACUUAAGAAUGUAUCUGAUGAUUGCAGAGUUGCACUCGACGAGUAUUUUGCAGUUUAUGAUCUGAUAGACAUGUACAGCUUAUAUACACCUGAUUGUGCUCACAAUUUUACUGCUACUGUAAGCAAUAAUAGCAGGAGGCAGCUACCUGCCAUCAAAGGCAUUGCACCGCACUUAUUCUCCAAAUUUGAAAGAUGGCACAAGAGGCCUGCAGGAUAUGAUCCUUGUGCAGAUCAUUACACGGAUGUAUAUCUAAACAGACCGGAUGUUCAAGCAGCCCUUCAUGCCAAUGUCACCAAAAUUCCUUACGCCUGGAGCCAUUGCAAUGACAACAUAACAUUUUGGGGUGAUGCACCAUCCUCUAUACUUCCUACUAUAAAGAAGCUUAUUGCUGGUGGAAUUCGGAUAUGGGUUUUCAGUGGAGAUACUGAUGGGAGAAUUCCAGUGAGUGCAACAAGAUUAACUCUCAGAAAGCUUGGCUUGAAGAUAAAUCAAGAUUGGACACCUUGGUAUAGCAAGAAACAGGUGGGUGGAUGGACCAUAUCCUAUGAUGGACUAAUGUUUGUCACAAUUAGAGGUGCUGGCCACCAAGUUCCAACUUUCAAGCCAAAGGAAGCCCUUUUGAUGCUCAGACGUUUCCUUGCAAAUCAAACAAUGCCAUCUAAAGCAUUUUGAUGAUUACAAUCAUAUGCAUAAUCUUCAUUCCACAACCUUGCAUAAAUAGGAAUAAUUUGAGUUCAAUUUUUUGGCUGAUCAAAAGUUGAUCAAGAUAAAAGAACCUGUUGAUAUUUGUUUAGGUUUAAGAACAUACCAAAUAUCAUUUUAUUGGAUGGUCUAAUUGCUAAUUGUAAAGCAUUCUUUAGUUUUUACACACAAAAAAAGAUGAUAAAGGAGCAAUAAUACAUGGAAAGAAGUUUGAUCAAUAAUA